UAAUCUCAUCCACUGUCUUUUUCUCUCCAUCCUAUCUUCACUAAAUACAUGUGCUCCUGCAUUCUCAACUGACCUGCUUGUGCUUGUGAAUACAUAAUAAUAAUGGCUUCGGCUGCUCUAUCAGUAGCCAAUUCUUCUCUCCAGGUCACCAACAAAGGAUCAUUCUCAGAAUUCUCAGGGCUGCGCACUUCAUCUGCUGUUCCAUUCGGAAGGAAAUCUAACGAUGACUUGCUCUCUCUCGUUGCUUUCCAGACCUCUGUUAUUGGUGGAGGAAAGAACAAGAGGGGAGUAGUUGAGGCCAAAUUGAAGGUAGCCAUCAAUGGAUUUGGAAGAAUUGGAAGGAAUUUCUUGAGAUGCUGGCAUGGCAGGAAGGACUCUCCCCUUGAUGUCAUUGCCAUCAAUGACUCUGGCGGUGUCAAGCAAGCUUCUCACCUCCUCAAAUACGACUCUACCCUCGGCAUAUUUGAUGCUGACGUCAAGCCUGUUGGUACUGAUGGCAUCUCUGUCGAUGGAAAGGUCAUCAAAGUCGUCUCUGACCGUAACCCCAUCAAUCUCCCCUGGAAGGAUCUUGGCGUUGACUUGGUGAUCGAAGGUACCGGAGUGUUUGUGGACAGAGAGGGUGCCGGGAAGCACAUCCAAGCUGGAGCUAAGAAAGUGCUGAUCACUGCCCCCGGGAAGGGUGACAUUCCUACCUAUGUCGUCGGUGUCAAUGCCGACCUUUACAGCCCUGACGAGCCCAUCAUCAGCAAUGCUUCUUGCACCACCAACUGUCUCGCUCCUUUUGUCAAAGUCCUUGACCAAAAAUUCGGCAUAAUCAAGGGGACCAUGACAACUACACACUCCUACACUGGUGAUCAAAGGCUUCUUGAUGCAAGCCACAGGGACCUUAGACGUGCAAGAGCUGCAGCUCUCAACAUCGUGCCAACCUCAACUGGUGCAGCUAAGGCUGUGGCCCUUGUCCUCCCCAACCUCAAGGGGAAGCUCAACGGCAUUGCCCUGCGUGUGCCCACCCCAAAUGUCUCGGUGGUGGACCUCGUUGUUCAAGUAUCCAAGAAGACAUUUGCGGAGGAAGUGAAUGCUGCAUUCAGAGAGUCUGCUGACAAUGAGCUUGCUGGAAUUCUCUCCGUCUGCGAUGAGCCCCUCGUUUCAGUCGACUUUAGGUGCUCUGAUGUUUCAUCAACUGUUGAUGCUUCACUCACCAUGGUCAUGGGAGAUGACAUGGUUAAGGUUAUUGCUUGGUAUGACAAUGAAUGGGGUUACUCACAGAGGGUGGUUGAUCUUGCUGACAUUGUUGCCAACCAAUGGAAAUGAAGUAUAUGAACAUGGUGUUAUCUGUUAAAUAUUACUAGCUUAAUUUUUUGCUUUAUCUGUAGAUUAUAUUACUUCCUUUUUCUGAAAAUUGUAACGAGAACCCAGACAGUCUUCUAUCCUAAAUUUGUGUAAUCUUAUCAAUCAAUUUCAAAUAAUGUUCCUUUUUCAAAACCAAA